AGACUCACAAAAAACACUCUACUUCCUCUGUAACAAAAAAAAUGUCUUCCCCUGCAUCUCUCUGCAUUCCUAACACCUCUUCUGCUGUUCUCACCUUCCAUCUCUUCCUCUACGUCGUCGUUUUCGUCUCCGUCUUUGCUUUUCUCUUAGCACCAGGCGGUCUCGCUUGGGCUUUAUCAAAAGCCAGAACAAAGACCGCCAUCCCGGGCCCAUCUGGGCUCCCAUUUCUGGGCCUUGUAUUUGUUUUCACGUCCUCAUUGACCCAUAGAACCCUUUCUAAACUCUCAAAAACAUUAAAUGCCAAACCCCUUAUGGCAUUUUCAGUCGGGCUGACUCGGUUUGUCAUAUCAAGUCAGCCCGAUACUGCAAAAGAUAUUUUAAACAGUUCUGCUUUUGCAGACCGCCCGGUGAAAGAGUCGGCUUACGAGCUGCUGUUUCACCGGGCCAUGGGUUUUGCACCCUAUGGAGAGUACUGGCGGAACCUUAGAAGGAUUUCCGCCACUCACUUAUUCAGCCCGAAACGUAUCUCUACUUUCGGGCUGUUUCGAGAAAAUAUAGGAAUCAAAAUGGUUAAAAAAAUUUGUCAUGAAAUGGACCAUAAUGGACAUGUGGAAAUUAAAAAGUUGUUACACUUUGCGUCCUUAAAUAAUGUAAUGAUGUCUGUUUUUGGAAAAUGUUAUGAUAGUUUUGAUGAAAAUGAAAAUGGUGAUGGUUUUGAGCUUGAAAAACUAGUUAGUGAAGGUUAUGAGUUGUUAGGAAUCUUUAACUGGAGUGACCAUUUUCCAAUUGUUAGUUGGUUUGAUUUACAAGGUGUUAGGAAAAGAUGUCAACAUUUGGUGUCUAAGGUUAACGUUUUUGUUGGAAACAUUAUUGAAGAACACAAACAAAAAAGGUGUUCUAAAGAAGGUGAUGCUAAGGUUUUUGAUGGUGAUUUUGUUGGUGUUUUGCUUGAUUUGGAACAUGAAAAUAAGUUGAGUGAUGGUGAUAUGAUUGCUGUUCUUUGGGAAAUGAUCUUUAGAGGAACUGAUACUGUGGCGAUAUUGUUGGAGUGGAUUUUGGCAAGAAUGGUGUUACACCCAGAGAUACAAUCAAAAGCACAAGAAGAGAUUGAAAAAGUUGUCGGGUCGGGCCGGCCUGUUUGUGAUGCGGAUCUUCCAAACUUGCCUUACCUCCAUGCAAUUGUGAAAGAAAUUCUCCGUGUGCAUCCACCGGGCCCACUACUAUCGUGGGCUAGACUUGCUAUCCACGAUACUCAAGUGGGCCCGCAUGUUAUUCCAGCGGGAACGACCGCUAUGGUCAACAUGUGGGCCAUAACUCAUGAUGAGGGUAUUUGGGUUGAACCCGAAAGGUUUAACCCAGAUAGGUUUAUGGAUGAGGAUGUUUCGAUAAUGGGUUCGGAUCUCCGACUUGCACCAUUUGGUGCGGGUCGUAGGGUUUGUCCAGGAAAGGCAAUGGGUUUGGCUACAGUCCAGCUUUGGUUGGCUCAGUUACUUCAAAAUUUCAAAUGGGUUGAUUUGGGUUCCGGGUCAGGGUCAGAACAGAGUAAAGUUGAUUUGUCAGAGUGUUUGAAAAUGUCAUUGGAAAUGAAGAAUCCAUUGGUGUGUAAGGCUGUGGCUAGGGUUUGAUAGGUGGCAGGAAAAGUUAUUAACCGUAGUAGUAAAAAGUAAUGUUAACCAUCACUAUCUACUUUUUAUUUAGGCAGUAGUAGGAGUACUAGUAAAAGGGGUAAUUUUGGAAGUUCAACAAGCUUAGGUGGGGUUUGGUUGUGGAUUUGCAUUUUGUACACAACUUUUUGUUUGGGACAUAUUAUUAGAUAUAAAAUGUAUGUGUGCCCUUAUAUGAAUGUAUGUCAUGCCCCUUUCAAGUUUAUCUAAUGAUGAUGGUCUUGUUAUGGGAGCUCUCUAUUUAGUUCAAUUGUA